AUGGCGGAGAUUGAAGGUGUGGAGCAAAGGGCCAGACCAAAGGCAGAAGCACCAGCCGCUGAAAUCCGCCAGAGCGUCAAUGCCCCAGCACCUUUGCCUCAGUUGCCGCCAGAUGCCUGGGGCAUGAUUCAGCGCCACGCGCCGGACUCAGAAGACUGGGCAGCCGCUCAGGAGGCCUGCAUUUCUAUCUGCUGUGCGCCAAUCACAGCUCUGCAUGUGUACUUGGAUGUGCCCGGCGAGCUGCCCUGGGCUGCCCGGAGGUGGGCAGAUGUGGAAACGCUGUCACUCUGUUCCCCGCACAACAAGAUGCACAAAGAGACACAGGCAACAUUGGAUAGCUCAGACCCCAACGAGGUGCAGCCCCUGACGAAGCUGACUCAGCUGGAGAUAAGCACAGGGGACGACUCCGAUGACGAUAAUGACGUGGCAGAUAUCUUGAAAAUCUCUGCAGCUUGGAAACGCUUUGCAUAG